AUGAAGUUUCUUCUGGGAGCUGUCCUCGUCCUCUUCUACGCUCUCUUCGUCACGGCAAUAAAAGGUGGUCUUAGUGAGGAUGAGCAGAAGAAACUUCUGGAUGCACUGAACAAAGAUCGUCUGAGAGCCCAACAGGCUUCCAAUGGUAUUACAUUCGAACAUUUGACCUACGACUUGGAACUCGAGAAGAAGGCUGCAGCAUUCGACUGUAAACCGGAGAGUUAUUCCUCAGGCGUUUCAAUAAUUGCGUUGCAAUGGAAUAGUGUCGGGGACGAAAUAUACAAGGAGAUCCACCAAGGAACCGUUCCCAAUCUUGGUUUAUACGACUGGAGACAAACUAAAAUUGGAUGCUCCAAGGAAGUCACAUGCAGAGCGAAAAUUGAAGAAGGACCUAAAGUACCUUCCAAGCUUAUCGGGAAAGAGUUCGUUACUGUUGGAGGAUGCAUUCUCGGACCGCUUACCACUGAUGUGACAGAGGAGGACAAACAAAAGGCUUCCAAAUUGGGGAUACCGAAAGCUACAAAAUAUGGAGAUUUGCUUGGAAUCAAGAUAUCGUCAGGGGAAGAAGUCAAGACAUGA